AUGUUUAGUGAGAUGUCGAGAGAGGCUGGAAGCACUGAAAGAGAUAAUACGUUGCGUUCCUUCCAGAAUGUGGGGAAUCGUCGAGCCAUCGUGGUAUUGAAUAACCCCCCGGUGAACGGAGUCCUCGAGUUUAUACAACAGGGUUCAGGUUCUCGCCUUGUGCUCAAUGGGAACGUCAGUGGACUCACGCCCGGGAAGCACGGAUUCCACAUUCACGAAUAUGGGGAUGUCAGCCAAGGCUGUGGCUCCACUAAAGGCCACUAUAACCCUUUCCAGGUGAAGCAUGGAGCACCUGAUGCGGAAGAACGGCAUGUGGGAGACCUGGGAAACAUUAUUGCCGACCAGAAUGGAGUGGCCCAAGUGAGGAUCGUGGACAGUGUAUUGUCUCUGUAUGGAGAUACCAGCGUGAUCGGGAGAGCGAUAGUGGUGCACGCAGGGGAAGACGACCUCGGACGCGGAGGCGACGAGGGGAGCAUGAACACAGGAAAUGCUGGAGGACGAGUCGCCUGCGGGAUCAUCGGUAUCGCUCCCCCUCAAUAAUUUCAUUCUCUCUGGACCGGGUUCUAUGGGAUUCCAUCUCGACAAAAUUUCAUCCAAAUACUGUCUAGGUGAACAUGGACGAUGUCAAUAAAGUUCCGAAUCUA